UUCAGUCCACAAGGGAGCUGCAGUCUGAGCAGGAAACUGCAUCUUCAGACUUCUGCUAAUCCACAAGAGGAGCUAGGAUCACCGGACGCCCAAGGACCCUUUCAGAGACUCGCUUGCCCCACGCCGCUCUGACUCGUCGGCCACUCCACAUCAGGUUCCCCAGCCACAGCCUUACCUGUGAGCUCCGGAUUUCCCCGGCUUCCAGUGGAUGCUCAGGCUAACCACAGGGACCUCGGGGCAGCAGUGAGCCAGACAUCCAGACCUCCACUCAGCUCUCUUCUGGUACCAGCGUCUCCCCGAGGGGGACCAGCAUGGUGAUUGUGCCUUGGAGAUCCCUGCUCAGAACGUCGGAGAAGAUGCUGACUAUGAAGCUGUUCACUUGCUUCUUGCAGGUCCUGGCUGGGUUAGCACUUCCUGCAGAGAACCCCCAGCAGGGGGACCUGUCUGCCGGGAACAGCACAACAGAAGCAAAAGUGGUGCCCUUCAAUGAAGUGUGGGGCCGCAGUUACUGCCGACCAAUGGAGAAGAUGAUUGAUAUUGUGGAUGAGUACCCCAGUGAGGUGGGGCACAUUUUCAGCCCAUCCUGUGUCUCCCUGUUGCGCUGUACCGGCUGCUGUGGUGAUGAGAGUCUGCAUUGUGUACCAUUAAAGACAGCCAACAUAACCAUGCAGGUCGUGAAGAUCCCCAACAUUGUAGCGCAGCACUCCUACGUGGAACUGACGUUCUCUCAACAUGAACUCUGUGAAUGCAGACCUAUUCAGGAAAAGACGAUGCCAGAAAAGAAGAAAGCCGGCAGGGGGAAGAGGAAGAAAGAGAAGCAGGAAGCCACGGAGGAUGAAGCCACACCUGUGCGGUGAUGCUGUUCCCUAGAGGUAACCAGCUCCUCCAAGGAGAGACCCCACACCCAACUCAUAUAUUUAUUACCAUCACCCUCUCAGAGCCCUCCCUGCUGGUACCUACCCCCUAUUUAUUAGCCAACUCAUCCCUGCUGAAUGACUCGCUCCCUCCAAGAUGAGGGGCAUGAAGGGACAAGACCCUCAGGACUUCAGUGCCUUACACAGAACGUAAGAGAAAGAAAGAAGCCGGUCACGGAUUCAUGGGAGCUUCAGCCUGGGAAGAAGAAAGAUGUGUGGCCGUACAAGGGGCAAGUCAAGCCCCAGAGACUCUAAGUCCCCAGGGAACUGGAGAAGAAAAGAGGGGACCCAGCACCUGCCUCUGGUCCCUCGCUCCACCCAGACAGCAGCUCCUGGGAGCUCUUGGCCAGGACAGGCAGGUAGUUGCCACUAUGACCCUGACUACAUGGAAGGCAGGAGGCAGGUGGAGGGGACCCAAGCAGGUCCUCCUCCUGCUGGCAUCAGCUUUUCACCCUGGAGACCAGAACAGGAUGUCCAGCUCUGAAGAACAGGGCUUGCCUGGGACCUUCACCUCUCUUUAGCCUCUAAGCUCACUCCUUAUACUUUGCAAGGCACCACUACCCUGCCCCCUCUCAGGGACACAGGCAGAGUGUGCUGGGGCUGAACAGAGACCAGACUGGAUGAUGAGCAGUCCUAUUGACUGAUGGUCUUUGAGGUCUGCAAGUCAGGGGCAUGCAUCCUAGCUCCAUGACUCCAGCAAGUGGGAGCAGAUUCCUGGAGGGCCCUUGCGGAUCUACCAGCUGCCUCUGCAGGGCCACCUGACUGCCAAGCCAGAUUCUCUUGAAUAAAGCAUUCUAGUCUGGACACAUCCUGUCCAGGGAAUGUAUCUUCCAAAGCAGUGGACAAAGCAGAAAAUAGAGGCAGGACAGAUGAGAGUGUGGGAGAGGCAAAGGGCGCAGUGUCAGCUUCAAGCCUCAGUUUCCUUAUCUCAAAAGCCUGCUGAAGCUGUGAGGCGACGUGUCACAGAUGGUGACAAUAUGUAAGCUUUCCCUUCCCUUAUUAACCAGGGGGAAACAGGCCUGAGAUGGUAAAAUGAAUGAUACAGAGGCAAAAGAGCACUGAGCUGGGAGUCAGAGGCCAGCCCUGUCCUGACUUCUCAAGUGACACUGGGUUUCCCUCUGCCUUCAUACUGUAUCUCUGGUGGAAGGCUUGGCUUAGACCCCUCUGGUUUUAACACAUCCUAAUGGAGCCCCAGCUGCUGUCUCAGUGGCCUUGAAUAGUGACUGGAGACUAUUCUGGUAUAGACUAUUCCAGGGCUGCCCCUGGGGUCACUCUGGGGUCUACCCCACCUUAAACUAGAAGCUCUGACAUGUAGUCUCACCCCAAAGUUGGGGAGAUACCUGGCUUCAGUCUCCUCUAAGCCCCAUCAUAUUCAGGAGCACACCUCCCGUUCUUCCAUCCCAGAGCCACCCCACACUCAGCCUGGUGCCCUGCCUCUGAACAGCCUGUGAAUGGGUCUUCCAGGGUCAUUAGGCCUAGGCCCACUGAAGAACAAUGUCUCCCCACUGCUUGGGCUCCCGGAUGCCUGGAUCUACUGUCAACUUCCCCAUCUUCCUCCCUAGUGCCUUGGUAUGAAAAGGAUCUAGUCCUCCUUUGAAUCCAAACUACUUACUACCAGACUUCCAUCUGCUUCUGACCCAAGAAGUGCUGUGAAUAUCUUUAAUGCUAUGUGUGCUGGUGGAAGAAAUUCUCUAUUCCCUCUGUAGCUCCCCUUCCUCAGUUGAAGCUGAAACCCA